AUGGCGGGGACGGUGACGGUAGCGGAAGAGACAAGAAGCUGCAAGGAUGAUGGCGGAGAUGGAGAUGUGACGAUCUUUGACGAGAUCACGGCUCCUACUUGUCUUCGUCGUUCUAGAGGUGACGCAAGGAAUGUGGCAGCAAGUCACAAGGUAUCGGUCGAAGGACCUGCAGUCUAUGUCGACGAGCACGCGAGGAUGCGCAUCAAGCCAGGGCAAUACCUCAAGACUGUCCUCCUGCGAGUAGAAGGGCACAGCUCUCCCAUCGCCAUCCCCGUCCAUGAUGGAGAGGUGGCUGAUCUGAUCGCUGCCUCCUUCUUUCGCCAGUACAACCUUCCCUUCGACGAGUCUUACAUUCCAGUUCACAACACAAUCGCCGCGGUCCUGAAGAGGGAACAAGGCCCUGAAGACAUCUCGAAAUCGCGAGUGGAUCCGAAGAUUGCAGCGCAGGUAGCGGCGCAUCCUUUCUUGGAGAGCUCGGACAAGAACAAGAACGUCUUCCUUGUGGUUGAGAUUCACUUUGAGAGAGGAGGGGGGGCUGGAGGGAAAACCUUGCUAUUUGAGGUCAUGGAGGGGGAGGAGCCGUUGGAUGCUGUGGCAAGGCACAAGGAUGCUCAAGAUCUUAGUGAGGUGGAGAGAGAGUUUGCAGUGAAGCACGUGACAGACAGGAUCAUCGACAAGCUCUUGCUCGAGGAGAAGAAAGUGGCUGAGAUGCAGAGAGGAGAUCGAAUUGCGGCCAUGUUUGGCGUGGAGGCAACAAGUAGCCAGACCUUGCAGUCUCCCCUCCGGCAUGACAGCGACCCUUCCUGGAGGAGGACGGAUCCAGACGACCUUAGGGAUCAGGAUCGCGUACAAGAGAUGCUCUUCCAUCUACAGCAUCCUCCCUCCUGCAGCGAUCGCAACCUAGUGGUUUUCUCCAUGGACAGAGCGAUCUGGGGCCUUGCGGUGAAUAUUCACUUCCUCACUCUCCUCCUCAACUUCUGCUGGAGGCACAACCGAACGCUGGUCACCGCAGACCCCGAUCACUGGAACUACGCGGGGAGAGAGUGCACGAGAGGAUGGGAGUGCUUCUUCCACCCCAUCAGCUCAUGCAGGGAGGAUGACGUCUGGCAGCCCUACACCUCUGACAUUCGCAAUGACAUCCUCUUCGACUUCCGCGGCUACCUCUACCAGGUCGACACCAGCACCCAACGCGUCCUCCACUUCUCCAACGUGGACGGGCCUUGGCUGCAGCUUCUGUCGCAGGAGGAGUAUCGUCUCUUCCUGCCGGAGACCUUCCGGCAUCGCGGACACCUCUGGUGGCGAUCGCAGCUGACUAAGUUUGUGAUGCGGGAGAAGCCGUUUGUGAGGAGAUACGUGGAGGAGCGUCGCACGGCCAUCGGCUGGCACCGCGACCUUGUGGCCCUUCAUGUUCGGCAUGGCGACAAGUCGUGGGACGUCGCUCACCAGGCAUCUUACAUGGGAGGGCUUCAGCCCUACCUCGACAAGGCCGCGCGGCUUGCAGGAGGACAACGGGGACAGCUGCGUUACUUCAUCAGCACGGAUGAUCCAGGGGUCCUAGAAGAGGCCCAGGUGACCGGCUCGGUCUCUCGAUGCAGUGUGGGAUAG